UUGAUUGACGUUUUUCCCUCUAUUCUUCUCUUUCGGAAUCAUCCAAAAAAUUUUUUUAGUUCCACACCACGGAUAGGCCGCAUUACACAAAACCUAAACUUAACAACCCGACUUUUUUCCCAACUCGUCCCCUUCCCUGCUUUUUGUUAUAACAGUUUCGUUUCCCAUGAUUGUGUUCGUUUCCCAUAAAUGUUGUUUUAUCGUUUUAUCCGGAAGAUUUGACCUUAGAAAAGGAAUAAGGCAAAAUCUGGAACACAGACCUUAAUACAGCACGUAGCAAGGAAAAUUCUCGCAGGAGGGGGAUCAAUCCUGAAAAUGUCCUUCUUCCCUUGGCUACGUGCUUGUCUCUUAAUAUUACUCUUAAUUUUAGUAUUAAAAUUUUUUUUCAGACCUCUUUCAAAUAUUCGUUUACCAAUAAAUUCAACAUUCUCAACACCAAUUCAUUUGCAUAAUCCACAUUUUACAACUCUUCGAAUUUUGGAAAUAUUUUCUAGUGAUUGUAAUAUUCAAUUAGAAUUUCCAACAGAAUUUUUAAUUAAAUCAAAUAAUUCAAUAAAAUCGGUAAAAUUAGUUUUAAUUUUUUUGGAGACUUGGGGUUCAACGGAAGACUCGGAUUUGAUGCCUGAUGUCACUUGGUUAAGGCAAAGUGACACCAGGCAUUUUCCUCUCUCAUGUCAGACUACUAGUCUUCAUGAGAGAGGAGUCUGCUUUACUGGAGUCCAUGUAUAG